AUGUCACAUUUGCAUCUGGACUUUGGUGGCGGAAACAUCUUCAAAGAAGUGCAAACCAGAGCCAAGGAGGAUACCAAACCUGACAUUGAAAAUCUCUUGAGGGAAGGAUACACCGCAACUGAUCUGGACACACAAAAACCUGUGGUAAUUUUGUUAGGCAACACGGGCACAGGCAAAAGCACCUUCUCCAAAUUUCUCCGCCGAGACCCAACUUUAAAAAUAGAAAGAAAUUCGGGGCGAAGAUGGAUAUUCACAGAUGGCGAGGACAAAAUCGGCAGCACAAAGAGCCACGUAUCAAAAACACUCUUUCCUAACGUGGACGUAGACGAACAAACGGGGACUCAGGUGGUCGACUGCGCGGGAUUUCAGGACACGAGGAGUCCUGAAUUUGAUCUGCUUGCGGGGUUUUUCAACAAGAAAAUAUUAGACUCGAGCGAGAGGGUGAAAAUCGUCAUAGUUGAAAAUAUUUUCAAUCUUCAGCAAAACGGGAAUCGCGACUCUUUCACGCGGGCGCUGCAGCAAACGGCAGGUCUGAUCGGCGCCAACUUUGAUUCUUUUGAGGGAUCCUUGGGCAUUGUUGCAACCAAAGUUUACGGCUCGGACAGUGACGAAGACAUUUUAUUUGAAAUUAAGGCUUUUCUGGACGACACACUGGAACAUCUCCGUGAAGAAAAUGCCCGUGCGGAAAAAACUGAUGACAAGAAAAAACAGCAGGACUGGUUCAGACAAUUGCGACUGUUGGAGUAUCUUCUAAAAGGAGAAAAUGUGCGACUCUUUUGGCGCCCUGAAAAUUUCCAAAUGGAGUCAAUCGAAGAAAACCGGCAACAAUUGCGGAAAUUUGUGUUUGAAACUUUGACGUUAUCAAAGCCAUUUGCCCACGAAUUUCAAAUCACCGUUGCUGCAGAAACAGUUAAUUUCAUUAACGAAGUGAUGCUUAAGAAAAGCGAAGACGCGAUGGAAAAUGAAUUCCAGAAUCUACGGUACAGAUUGAUCAAAAACUUUGACGAAGCGACCGGCGUGAAUUUGAGACCAAUAUCUCUGAAAAUGAGGAACAUCAUUGAAUUCUGUCAGAAUUAUCUCACAACACUGAGCAACGUUAAUUCAAUGGAGCAAGUUGAGUUGUUCGCGAAAAAAAGAGGCGUUGGAGAAAUGAACCUGCUGGAAAUUCACUUCCAGGUUGACAAAGCAAAAUUCUUUUAUCAGGUAGUGGGAAAAGAUUUCUUCGAUGCAGUUGCGAAAAAGAUCAUCGUUGAUUUGAAAUCAACUAUUGCUACGAAAGUCAACGCAGAACUUGGCUUCAAUUUUUUUCUGGAAUACUUGAUUAAUGAUUUCGGCACCUACGAAUUUCUCUACGGCAGCACAAAAGUUGAUCAAGAAAUUGCAAAUGUCAAUCUUUCAAACUUCAAAGCUUUCGCCGCUAACCUGAGAAAGUGGGGUUUUGGUGAGAAAACGGCUGUAUCCGCUUCCAGUUUAAAUCCAACCGAAGCCAACGUAGAGGCACUUAAAAUUUUGGGCCUUGAAAUGAAGCAAGGUGAAGUUGAGGUGACAACAAGAGGCACUAUCGUUACAUUCAGCGGUCGUUACAUCAUUUUGAGCAAAAUCAAGGAGCAAAUUUUAACAAAAUUGUCAGCCAGUGAAAUUGUUCUAAUGGCUAGCGAAAAGUUGUUCGUUGACGGUGACAUCAGUCUUCUGAACACGCAUCUCAAAUUUUUUGCACCUGAAGUAGAAAUUAUAGGAGUUCCAAGAAAAAUGCACCUACGGGGGGAAAGUGGUAAAAGUGUUUUAGGAAAGGCUGCAAGCUGCGUGCGAGGAAUAUCUGAAGCAUCUAAUGGUAUGAAGGGAAACGCAGGAUACAGUUCAGGAACCUUUACUCUUUUUGCCCUCAACAUUAAAAACGGACAUUUGCUCAGUGUGCAAACGGAAGGUGGAGACGGGGGUGCCGGACAGACUGGAGGUGACGGGUGCGAAGUUAAAAUUUACGACUGGCCUUCGUAUAUUCAAGAUAGUAUUCCGGACAGCCAUUACUUAUAUAUUUGCUGGCCAAUGCUCUCAAACAAACAUGCAAGCAUGUGCAGCACAAGUAAAAGUAACGAAGUGCGUCUAAUGCAAGAUAACAUGCCACCGACAGUCGGAGGGAACGGUGGGAUAGGUGGAUCUAAAGCAUUGCCUGGAGUGCAGCGGUUGCUCAUAAGAAGUAAAGAAGCUGUUAAAAGCGUUAAAACAAUUGAAUUAAAUGGAAACGAUGGAGCCCCUGGUCAAGGAGGAAAAGCUGGCAGGGUGGGUGCUCAGUGCACUUUCAAAAAAUACCAAUGUUCGCUUCCUUCAAAGACUUCUGUGAAAUGUACAUCCGCGGGAAAUUAUUACGAUUGCGAAUGGAAAUUCACGCCAGUUGCUGACGGCCUCAGAAUUGAUGGAAAUUCUGAAGGACUUCGGCAAUACAAGUUUGCGGAAAGCAGAUUGUUGGAACAAGCUUUCGAGUUUUAUAAAUUUAUCUCAAAACAAAACCUUGUCUUAGAAGCUGAAAAUAAUAUAGGUCAAUUUUUAACUUUCCUUUUCACGUCAGAUCAAGCAAUUUCUCAAUUCACAACUCAAGAUUUUCUUAACAUGAUUGACGCUGCAGAAUCAAAUGUAAAGAGCGCACAGCAUAGUGAUUUGAGAGACACGAUUCAAAGAUUAAAGUUCUUCUACUCUGCGAUGCUACAAUCAGUGCGCUUGUGGCGAAAAAUUCGCGGUGAAAGUGACUCCGUGAUGGUGACAGAAUUGACCCUGAUCAGCUUGCUGGACACUUUGGAGGCUUUUCUGCAUGGCAAGCAAGUGGUGCGACUCUCAGCUUUGGUAGACGCGCAGCUUCGCCGACUUACUGACGUUGAUAAGGCGAUCGAACAAGUCGGUAAGUUCGAGGCGGUUGCCGCCGAAAAGAAAUUGCUGUUGUCAAGAAUUGCUGAUGCAGAAAAACUUAUGCAAAAUAUUUAUCAACGAAAAAUUGACGAGAUCAAAAUACAAAUAGAUACGGAAUUUGAUGUCUUGCUGCAAAAAACGAAACAAUUAGAAGAGCAAUACAAAGAAAACGACAAAGUUCUGGUCGAGCACCGGAAAAAAAUAGUAGAGCACAUGCGGAAGAACGUGGCUAUGGGUGUAGUGAGCUCCAUUUCCACGCUCACGGGCAUUUUUUACCCGUCAGCAGCACUCAUUGGCCCCACAGUUACGGGCAUCGCUCAAGCUGCAGCAUCAGGACCACCGUCAUUACAGUAUGAGUCACAAGUUCCACGCGCAAUUCAGAACGCCAAAGCGUUGUUUGAUAAGCUAGAAAGGCAGAAAGCGGCGCAGCAAAAAGAUUUGAUCGCUUCGGCUCAAGAAAUCAUCGAUGCAGAUAAAAAUGGGAAAUUUUUGAGAGAGGAAAAUAUUGCGAGCGUUAAAGAUCUCAUUUUAACAACAUCUACAGAAAAAAACUCACUAAACUCAAUCGAUAUAACGUCUCUCUUUAUAGCUGUAGAUCUCGAUUUAAAAGCAAAAAUUGCAGAAUUGAAAGAUUCAAACGGAGACGGCAAUGAAAUAGCAAAAUUGGAUUUAAUGAAAAAGAGGCUGCAAACUACCAGGUACAUUGCAAAUUCUGGUCUAGAAGUGGCAAAAACAUUCAGUCAAUAUUCCAACGACCAGUCCGUUCUAGAUCAGGUGGAUGCGGCAAUCAAGCAAAAUCAAGAAAACCUAAAAGAAAUGGCAGUUUACGAGGAAAAUUUGCAUAAAACUUUCAAACCACUGGUUGAACAAAUGGUUAAAACUUUCGACUCGUUGAAAUCAAAUUUGAAAACGCAAAACACUUUUGAGCUGCUAUUCCAGCAACUUGACCUGAAAAGCUAUGCCAGAAAAUGUGUUUCAAUGGUGCAGAAAUUGACGCAAGAUUUAUUCAGCGAAGACGAGGGAUUCGCCACCAUCCUGACAGAGCUUCAGGAACUUCUGACUACUCUGAUUGACGCCUACGAUAAAAUCGAGGAGCUCCGUUACAGGGUGCCUUUAGCCGACUUCGCUGGAAAACUCGCCGGCGUCAAAUGUCUGAGCACUUCAGAUCCAGACGCAUGCAACUCUCUGCAAAAAACUGCACAAUCGAUCAAAACGAAUGAACUUGUACGAGAAUUUGCAUACGUUUUUGCGGCCUACCAACAGGUUUCGUUCCCUUUUGGCGCCAACAGAAUGCAGCUUCUCAACACCACCCAUUUAUCUCUACGCUCGGAAGCCAAAGAAAAAAUUGCAGAAAUUCUUCGCUCGGUUCUGGAGUCAAUUCGCGACGACCUUUCAUCCAGUAGCACCUCGAUCCAAAAUCAUCUAGACGCUGACGUCGUGUUGACAGAAUUUAGCUCCAGAUUUGUGUCAACUCAACCCUUUUUCGUCUGGCCCAAUGUGCAGUUUUCGCGGCAGAUCGCUGAUCUGUUGAAUGGAGAGAGGGUGACGCUGAUGGCAUCGGUGCCAGGGUCAAAAAACGCCGUCAAAUUCAACUGGGUGGCUCUAAACAUGACUUCAAAGGACGAGGACGCCGCUUGGCAAGUUCACAAUUUGCUCAAGCACUUUCGGAUCGAGAUGGUGCACGGCGGAGAGAGUUAUUUCAGGUGCGGCGGCGCCGUCUACGCCAUCGGUGGUGCUGACCUCACCUUCACCCUGAGUUUCGAACGUGAUGAAAAAGGCAACUUUGUCACGAGAAACAAGGUACAGGAGAAGCUCAGCACGGGAGACGUGCCCCUCAGCCCUUACGUCAUGUGGAAAUUUAAACUCAUCUAUGCUGGCAAAGAGGAUCCGAAGGUUCUAUUCCACAAAUUAGGGCUUUUGUCGAAAAAAGUUGACUUGGAACUGGUCGGCGAGGGUAGCUAUGUCGCUGAAGGCGCUGCAAUUUGCGACUCUGAUCUGAGCCGAGCUUACAAUUACGUCAACUUGUAACAUGUUUUUCCGAUUUUGAGCAAUCUUGUAGUUUUAAUUCAUAAUGUGGUUUUAAGUGAAUUCACUUUUUAUUGUUAACAAUAAAAAUUAAUGCAUGUUGAAAAAUUUGUACAAAAAAUAUAUCUCAACCUUGGUUGAGUUUAUUGUGGAACCAAAAAUAUAAAAUUGUCCACUUAUAAGUAAUAAAGUU